AUGCCUGACAUCCGGAGUUUCUUUGGUGGAAAACCAAGCAGUCAAGGCUCCAGCGAGGCCCCCGCGAAGCCCGCGCCCAAAAAAGAGGACCCGUCCGCCACGCGAAAGAAGCGCAGUAGAAAGGUCGUCGAUGAUAGUGACGAUGAGGAAGAAGUCGCACCGGCUAAGGAGCCAACCCCUAAAGUGAAGCCAAAAAGCCAAGCCAAACCCGAAGAACCGAAAGGAGAACCCACAACUUCCUCAGACUACUUCGCCUCCAGCAAGAAGAAGGGCAAACCCGCCAAAACGCCAGAGGCUUUGGCCGAUGAUAGCACGGAGAAAGUCGCCAGCCCGAAAGCCAAGAAGGCCGCCCCGGAACCCGAAAAGAAGAGCCGUCCCGCCGCUCGUGGAUCAGCAAAGAAACCCUCAAAGGUCAUUGAAGAUGAGAAACUUGGCGACGAUGAUAUCUUUGCCACCGAAUAUGGAAAGGCCGGCAAGGGCGACGACGACUAUGUCAUGGGAGAUGACGAUGAUGGCAGCGACUUUGAGGUACUCGAAAUAAAGCCUGCUGCAGUAGCCAAAAAGACACAGAAGAAGAAACCUUCCCGCGACGACGACGAUGACGAUGACGUUACCAUGGAAUAUCUUCCCAAGGAACCCGCUCCAAAGGCUCGGCCAGGCCGCAAACGCAAGGCAGAGGCGCUGAUUGAUGAGGAUGAAGAUGAAGACUUUGAGGCACCAAAGAGAGCAGCCCCAAAGAAGACCACUGCAUCGCCCACAAAGAAACAGAAGUCUAUAUCUACACCCAAGAAGGUCAAGGACGUCCCGGAGAGCAAAGAGAUUCAGGACAUUUUUGACAGCAUCCCUCUGGUUGAUGCCCCCGAGCCUGCUCAAGGAGAGGCAAAGAAAUGGAAGUUUGGACAACAGGCUUCCCGGGACCCAGCGAUGUCAGGGUCUACGGAGAUGCCAGUAGGACAGGAAAAUUGUCUUGCUGGGUUGUCAUUCGUUUUCACUGGUGUUCAGGAAACCCUCGGCCGUGAGGAGGGUGCCCAGCUAGUGAAAAAGUAUGGUGGCAAGGUCACAGGAGCCCCCAGCGGCAAGACGAGCUUUGUUGUCCUUGGUAGUGAUGCAGGCCCAAAGAAGCUCGAAACCAUUGCAAAGCACAAAAUAAAGACAAUUGAUGAAAAUGGCCUAUUCGAGUUGAUUCGACGACUCCCCGCCAAUGGAGGUGACGGAAAGGCCGCCGAAAAGUUUGCCGAGAAGCAAAAGGCCGACGAGGACAAGGUUCGCGCCAUGGCCGCCGAGAUCGAUGCCGAAGAGAGUCGAAAGAAAGCUGCCGCGACUCCUAAGACUCCCAAGUCUGCUGCACCCUCAUCUCAGACACCUCAGUCGUCUAGCCCGCAAACUUCGGCCGGUGAUUUGUGGACCACGAAAUAUGCCCCCACGUCUCUCAACAUGAUCUGUGGUAAUAAGGCUCCUGUUGAGAAGAUUCAGAACUGGCUGCGUAACUGGCACAGCAAUGCCAAGUACGAUUUCAAGAAGGGUGGCAAGGAUGGCUCAGGCUUGUACCGGGCUGUCAUGAUUCACGGCCCCCCGGGCAUCGGUAAAACGACAGCAGCUCAUCUCAUUGCAAAGCUGGAGGGAUACGACAUUGUUGAGACCAACGCCAGUGACACCCGAAGCAAGAAGCUCGUGGAGAGCUCUACCCUAGGCGUGUUAGACACAACCUCUCUCCAAGGCUACUUCGCCGGAGAGGGCAAACAUGUUGAGGGUGAAAAAAAGAAGCUUGUGCUUAUCAUGGAUGAAGUGGAUGGUAUGUCUGCUGGUGACCGUGGUGGCGUGGGAGCUGUCGCAGCCAUUCUUAAGAAGACCAAGAUCCCUAUUAUUCUUGUCUGUAACGAACGCAAGCUUCCCAAGAUGAAGCCCUUUGACCAUGUUACCUUCGACAUUCCAUUCAGACGCCCGACUGCCGAGCAGAUCCGGGCCAGACUAUCAACAAUUUGCUUCCGAGAAGGCUUGAAGAUCCCCCCUCCUGUCCUCGACGGCCUUAUCGAAGGAACGCAUGCCGAUAUCCGCCAGGUUAUCAACAUGUUGUCUACUGCUAGACUCGACCAGAAGACUCUCAAUUAUGACGAAGGCAAGCAGAUGUCCAAGGCAUGGGAGAAGCAUGUGAUUCUCAAACCCUGGGAUAUUGUCAGCAAAAUUCUUAGUGCCCAGAUGUUUUCCCCCAGCUCCACCGCUACGCUGAACGACAAGGUCGAGCUCUAUUUCAAUGACCACGAGUUCAGCUACCUGAUGCUCCAGGAGAAUUAUGUUAAAACCAAACCCACCCUAGCCGGAAAAUAUCAGGGCAAGGAGCAACGUCUCAAGUCCCUUGAGUUGCUUGACAAUGCCGCCUCGAGUAUCAGUGACGGUGAUCUUGUCGAUCGUAUGAUCCACGGAACCCAGCAACAGUGGAGUCUGAUGCCUGUCCAUGCCAUUUUCAGCUUUGUCCGGCCAGCCAGCUACCAGUAUGGCAACUUCAGUGAACGGGCUUCCUUUACUAGUUGGUUAGGAAACAACAGCAAGCACGGCAAAAUGUCCCGAUAUGUCAAGGAAAUUCAGGGUCACAUGCGCCUUCGCACGACUGGUAACCGCGACGAGAUCCGCCAACAGUAUAUGCCAUUACUCCAGCAAAAGAUGAUUCGUCGUCUCAUGGAAGAGGGCAAGGACAGUGUGGAUUCAGUUAUCGAUUUCAUGGAUAAUUACUUCCUGACCCGUGAUGAUUUCGAUGCCAUGGUCGAACUAGGGCUGGGUCCUAUGGACGAGUCCAAGGUCAAACUGGAGACACAGACCAAGGCCACCUUCACGCGUCUAUACAAUUCGCGCUCGCACCCAAUGCCCUUCAUGAAGGCUAGCAACGUGGUUGCACCGAAGAAGGGACCGAAAGAAAAGCCCGAUUUGGAAGAUGCCAUUGAAGAAUCCGACGAGGAGGAAGUUGUUAAUGAGAUUAAGGAUGACGAGGAAGAAGAACUGGAUCUGAAGAAGGAUAAAUAUGUCAGCUUGCCGAAGAAGAAGAAGGCUCCGGCCAAGGGCAAGAAGGCCAAAAAGGCCGAUGAUGACGAGGAAGAGAAGCCGAAGAAGAGCAGGGCCAAGGGCAAGGCCAAGGCUUGA